AUGGAAAAUUCAAUAGAGAGCCAGCCGGAACUGGAGUUAUCCAAGUCCUUGCGAGAUACUUCAUUCGAUUUUGGAUCGAAAGAACCAGGAUUCCAUGCCAGUUCGGAUCUUGGAGAAGGUGGUGGAGCGCAGGCAGGCGCCGAGGAUGAUUCUUCCCAAAGCAUUGUGAGCACACUAGAUACUUCUAUCGCAAACUUUGACAAUUUAUUAUCGCGCCGGGGAAUCGUCCAACAGCCAAGACUUUUCAAACUUUCAGAUGAGUUGCUGGAGUUGAUUGUAGGCUUUCUUGCAGAGCCACAGCUCGGAGAGCCUCCUUCUACCCUCCAUGGUCGAAUGAUGACAUGGAUGACCUUUGAAUCGCUUGCCAAACGGGAUAUGGAAUUUGGAGACAGCGUAAAAACGAUCCAGAGUCUACGAUUAGUAUGCCGAAGAUUUUGCAAUGUCGCCUCACCCUUUCUUCUUCCUACCGUGCGUGUUGAAUUGGAUGCACAAUCCCUUGCGCGCCUUGAUAUGAUCUCUCGUCAUCCUACUAUCGGCAAAAGUGUUAGAAGAGUAACUGUCAUUACUCGUUGCUUGGACCGCAUGUCGAUCGAUAGCUUUGAGAAUUUCCGUCACCAUAAGUUAGGGUACUUGAAUGAAACUCUAGAGACGGUGGAAUAUCAUCCAGUUCCGGUAGACGAGGGAGAAGAGUCCAGGAUGAUUGAUGAGUUAUAUCUGCGGUGUAUAUAUGGAUCGGGCGACAGUAUCACUAAUAAAAGCUGGAGUCAAACCUUCUGGAGCAAAGCUUAUGAGCGGUAUAAAUAUCUCCAUGCAGAACAAAAAUUCCUAUCAGAAGAGAACGUAUUUCUGGAGGGCGUUGGCACUGCGGUCGCUCGAAUGCCAAGGGCAAAAGCACUUCGCAUUUGCGACAGGGGAGUUGAUGGUUUUUAUGAUUACAUCCUUUAUUCAAAAUUUUAUUCAAGAUCAAAAUACCUGUUUGAAUAUUCUGAAAACGAGGAUAUACUUAUCGACGAUAUCAUUAAAUCCAAAGUUUUUGGGAUUGAGGAUGAUGACCGUUCAUACCUCCGAGCCGAUACAAGCUGGAGCUCGCCAUCCGCUCAGAUGUUUCUUAGGCUGCCAGGUGCUAUCCACAAGGCUGGCAGAUCUCUCGAAAACAUCUGUAUUGAGAUAAAACGUCCCGACGAUCACAGAACUUUGGCCUCAUUUGAGGACUUCCAAGAACUUUCAGCUGCGACACAGCGGCUAAAACAGUUAAAAUUUCAUUGCAUAUAUGACGAAGAUGAUGUACGUGGUCAGUGGACGCCCACGGAAUCAGAUGGUCUGGCUAAAUAUCUUUCUGCGAUUGUGAACACAAAUGCUCUAGAAAAGAUUGACAUCCAUCUAUCGCGCGACGCUAUGGGGCUGGGAGGUUUGGAGCAGGAUCCAUCGGCGCGUUCUUUGGGAGCAAUUCUCACCAGUCGUAAAUGGCCGAAUCUCAGAUCAAUAUACUUGUCCCUUGUACCGCUUCAUCUAUCAGAGCUAGAAACAUUCAUCGACAAUCUAAAGUCAUCAGAUGUAGAAAUGAGAAUACAAUAUAUCUAUCUCAUAAGUGGCUCGUGGAGCGAUGGACUUGAAAUAUUCAAAAGAAAUUCGAUUCAAAAUUUGGUCCUGAGCGUGCCAAUUUCAAGGUCGGAGCGCCGAGCAUUACUUGCCAGCGGAAAGCUUUUUCGGGACUGGGACAAGGGGCGAUAUUAUUGGAACUAUGGACAUUCGCUAGUGGAAACUAGAACAAGUGAUGACUUAUAA